CAAUACGAUCACAUAGCAACCAUGAGGUCUCUUGUCUUCGUUCUGCUCAUCGGAGCUGCUUUUGCCACGGAGGAGGACAAGAUCGUCGGAGGGUAUGAGUGCACACCCCACUCCCAGCCCCAUCAGGUGUCUCUGAACUCUGGGUACCACUUCUGCGGUGGCUCCCUGGUCAACGAGAACUGGGUUGUGUCUGCUGCUCACUGUUACAAGUCUCGUGUGGAGGUUCGUCUUGGGGAGCACCACAUCAGAGUGAACGAGGGGAACGAGCAGUUCAUCAGCUCUGCCCGCGUCAUCCGUCACCCCAACUACAGCUCCUACAACAUCAACAACGACAUCAUGCUGAUCAAGCUAAGCAAGCCCGCCACCCUCAACGCCGCCGUGCAGCCCGUGGCUCUGCCCUCCAGCUGUGCCCCCGCUGGCACCAUGUGCAAAGUCUCUGGCUGGGGCAACACCAUGAGCUCCUCUGCUGAUGGCGACAAGCUGCAGUGUUUGGACAUCCCCAUCCUUUCCUUCGAGGAUUGUGACAACUCCUACCCUGGCAUGAUCACCGACGCCAUGUUCUGUGCUGGCUACCUGGAGGGAGGCAAGGACUCUUGCCAGGGUGACUCCGGUGGCCCCGUGGUCUGCAACGGUGAGCUCCAGGGUGUCGUGUCCUGGGGCUACGGCUGUGCCGAGAGGGAUCACCCGGGUGUUUACGCCAAGGUGUGCCUCUUCAACGACUGGCUCACCAGCACCAUGGCCAGUAACUAAGUCUGAUCCCAGGAACAGACCUCCACUGUGGCCACACAGCUCAUCAUUCUAUGUUGUCAAACCUGUGAUCGUAUUGCAUCCAUGAUGAGAAUCUUUUGAUGAAUAAAAGAUUUUGAAUACA